AUCAGAGAUGAAGGAAUUACCAUUACUGCUAAAUUUUUUUCUUGAGAAGCUCAGCACCUAUGCUGCAAUCAUUGUCAUGUUUAGUUAUAGCAUUUUGCUUGACAGGGACUUUGAAUGCACUUGCAGACCAAACCACGGUGACUGUUGGUUAUAUAUGGUUCUGCCAGUUUGUAUAAUAGUUGUCUUAAUACUCUAUACAAACAGGUCAUUGCAGAGACUCUGUAGAUGCACAGUUACCCACUAUCGUGGUUCGGGAUGCUGCAAGUAUCACUGCUGCAGUUUUUGUGGUUCUCUAAUCCGUCACAUUUUAGAAGCAGUUUUAGUUGGUGCGCUGUGGGCUGCCUUUGUGUUAAUCGAUGGAGACUGGUAUGUUUGCUGUGUGAAUAAGACGUUUGAUCCACAGUUAGCCUGCAAAAACAAGAACAACAUCACAGCAGAGGAACAAGUAAACAUUGCUGAACUGAAAAAUGACUCCAGGCUUAUUGGCUCCGGUUCACUCCUUGUUAUCAUUUCUCUGGCAGCCAUAAUGUCAUGUAUUAGAUGUAGGAAAAAGUUUGAUGGCUGUGGUUGCUGUUCCAAUGGCAGAAGUGAUGUAUAUUACAAACUGAUUUUGGAAGAGGAGGAAAAUGUACUGGAAGAGAUUUUGAGGGAACGUGCAAAGGACAAACUGGCAACUGAAGUCAAGAAAAAACUAGAAGGUGAACAAUGGGAUGACUGUUUUGAUGUUGCCAGAAAACUGAUUGAAGAUUCAACCAAACCAACUCUUGAUCAACAACAACAGCAGCAACAAGAAAUAGAUCAACAAGGAGAGCAAGAACGACCACAACAGCAACAACAACAACAGGCAGCAGGAAUCCUGGAUGAGAGAGCAACCCAUGCAGAAACCUCCGCAAGUACCCACCAAGAGCAACAGAAUUUGAUAUGAUGUCAUGGUCUCAGCCUGGAGGCUCCAGGGUUUUGGUUUUUUGGACUUUUUUGGACUUUCUUGAUUUAGUUUUCUGUGUUUUGGGUUUCUAUUCUGGGUUUUGAGUAUUUCUGGUUUGAGUAUUUCAGGUUUGGGUAUUUCUAGUGUCUAGUGUAGUCUUCCCUGUCUUGUGCUCUGUUCCCCCGUGCGCUUCCUGUUUUAUUUUGAUAGUCAUGUCGCCCCAGUGUCUGAGUUCUAAUUUUGCUUCCUUUGGUUAAUCAUCCCUGAUGUGUUCCACCUGUGUCUGCUUCCCCACCUGUUCUCCAUCGUUAAUCAGUUCCUUUAAAAAGCCCUUGCUCUGUCUUGUCUUUGGGGGAUCAUUGUUGGUUAUGAGGUUUGGUGGCUGUGUUGUUGUCGGCAUCUGCUCAUGUAUGGACUUUGGUUUUUUUGUUUGAAUAAAUUCUUUCACACUGGUUCCUCCUCCGCAUCUGAGUCUCUCACCCUCACCCCUGCCUCAUCACACUGUGACAUAUAAUACAUUCAGCUUUUGCUUUGUAGUGAACAGAAGUAACAUUUGAACUCUUUCUUUGUUUUGUCAGCCGAUUCUUGAACUUUGAUCAACAUUCAGUGUCACUGCUUAAAAAAAGGACAGAAUUAAGGUUAAAAAUCAGUAUUAUAUUGAUUUUAAACCUUAAUUUUCUCUUGAAAUCACAUAAUUGUGCUGUUGUGUUUUAAUCACA